UUUCUAGAAAAAUGGGUGCACUGUAUUUUUUUUGUCUGUUAAAAAUGUCUUAAAUUGAACCCUCUCAGGUCUGAUGGACGACACCCCGGUGACCUCAGUGAACAGGAAGUGUUCUGCUGUCACAGGAAGUGCCCGGAAAAUAAAAGACAAUGCUGCUGAUUGGCACAACCUGAUGCUCCGUUGGGAGAAACUUAAUAAUGAAGGAUUCAGCGCUGCCGAAAAAAUUGUCAACCUCCGAAUGACGUGUUCUCAAAGUGAGCAGCAGCUCCUCGUGAAUGAUUCUUCAUCAUCGUCUCCUCUGCAGCAGCAAACGGGCAGAGCGAAUGCUCCAAGUGCAGAGCUGCAGGAGGAAUGCUGCAAACUGCAAGACAUGCUGGACCGAAUGGUUGCUGUAGUGUUGAAGAUGGAGCGCUUGCUGGCUUCUCAGCAAGGCAUCCUGGACUUGGAAGAGUUUCAGUUUGGAGCUGAAGGCAGAACAUCACCGCUGUUCCACAGCUGGAGCACCAAACAGUUUUCCCUUCAUCCCACCCCAGGCCAGGAUGACGCUGGAGGCUCUGCUGUUGGAGACGGGACACCGGACGCUAUGACGUCCAGCUGUGGAGCAGCGAGUGGAUCGAUGCAAAGGUUCUGGGAACAGCUUUUCAAAUGUCUGGUUCUCCUCAUGCAGAGAGGUCCCAACUGUACCCACAAACCCCAGCCAGCCCUGGGAUGGUUUAGUGACGCCAUCACGCACCUUUGGGGCUGUUGGAAGGUUUAACGGUGACAUUUGAUAGACAUAGCGAGCUGUUUACAUGAGCUUGAAAUGUUUCUGUUUACCCUUUACUCUGUCUUCAUGUCAGGUUACUGUUACUUUAAAAUGUUUGGAAUAUUUGUUAAAUCUCUUCUGUCAUAUAAUAGUGUUGGAUUUCACACAAGUUUAUUUCAGGAACAUGAAGUUGUAAACGGCAUGUGGAAGUCACAUGAAAACUUAACUACCUCCUUUAGAUCUGUUUCUCCAAGUCCAGCUUCACAUUUGACAUUGCUGCAGAAACGUUACAUUGUAGCGUUUUAUAAAAAGUAGCAAAAUAGUGAAAUUUCCCCUAUUUAUCUACAUAUAAACAUCACAUGUGACAAAAUGUUUUCUACAGUUAAACUAACCGCUUAGUCCAUUUAUUGCUUUACAAAUUUUAGAGGAUGCAGAUAAAAACCA